CCUCUUCCGGCCAUUUCAGAAAUGGCGGCUCCGCUGGGAGGUAUGUUCUCCGGUCAGCCACCCGGUGCCCCGCCCCCGCCGCCGGGCCUCCCGGGCCAGGCCUCGCUUCUUCAGGCCGCGCCAGGCGUUCCCAGAUCUUCUCCGAGUACCUUGGUGGAUGAGUUGGAGUCAUCUUUCGAGGCUUGCUUUGCUUCUCUGGUGAGUCAGGACUAUGUCAAUGGCACGGAUCAGGAGGAAAUCCGAACUGGUGUUGAUCAGUGUAUCCAGAAAUUUCUGGACAUUGCAAGACAAACAGAAUGUUUUUUUCUACAAAAAAGAUUGCAGUUAUCUGUCCAGAAGCCAGAGCAGGUUAUCAAAGAGGAUGUCUCGGAGCUGCGGAACGAGCUGCAGCGGAAAGACGCCCUGGUCCAGAAGCACCUGACCAAGCUGCGGCAUUGGCAGCAGGUGCUGGAGGACAUCAACGGGCAGCACAAGAAGCCCGCCGACCUCCCGCAGGGCUCCCUGGCCUACCUCGAGCAGGCGUCUGCCAACAUCCCCGCGCCUAUGAAGCAGAACUGAGGGAAAGCCGCAGGAAAGGGUCGCUCUCGGUGGCAUGACAUUUUGGAAGAACUCUGCCAGAGAACGAGACAUCUCAGUUGCAUGCUCCCACCUAAAAUGUUCCUGUUUUUUAUAAGCUCUUACUUUAUUAUUACUUUAUAAAAUGUGUAGCUUUGGUAAACCAAGGUAAAUAUUCGUGUUUUUAACAAAAUUUAGACUGUUAGUGUGAUGCCACUAACAUUCCUUUCUAUGUUGCUUUUUUCUGCUUGUUUUAUUUUUUAAAUGUUUGUGUAACUUUUAAUCUGUUUGUGUUUUCAGUUUUAGAUUAGUUUGUAUCAUGAGGGAAAAACUGGUCUGAUCUGUGAAUCAAAGGAUGAGGAUUUGGGUUGUAGGCCUUUUAUCUUAAUUAACCCCCAGUGGCAGUAAGGUACAAAUAUGUAAAUUUGCCACGUUUCUAGACUUUGAACUACCUCAAGAAGAGGAAUCUAAUACAGCAAUGUUUGUAAUACAUCCAGAGCUCUCAGAAUGAGAUCUUUUGUAAAUACUUGGAAGAGGAUUGUCAUAGCUUAGGUUAGUGCAGUGAUAUUAUAGUAGGAUCCUUAAGUUGAUGUUGACUUUUAUUUGUGGUAAGUUUAUAUUUUGUGUGAUGCUUGCUUUUUUGGGUUGGGAGGCUGCAGGAGGAGCAGUGAUAUGUAAAUUUUGUCACAUUGUGCAGUGAAGCAUCAGUCUAAAUAGCAGACCCGUUCCCACUAGCACGCCUCGGGCAGAGGUGAAGUGUGAGGGUUAGUCUCUUUGUUUUGAGUUUUGUUUGCUUGUGUUGUUUGUGUCUUGCUUUUGUGGAGCAGAAAUUUCCCAUUAAGGAAGGUUCUUGCUAAUGGGUGGUGGUGAUUCCAGGGGACAGGGCCUCAGGGUGGGGAGCGGCCUGCAGGUUGACCCUCGGUGACUUCCUCUCCACAGAGAGCAUGUGGAGCCUCAGCACUUGGGAAGGUGCUUUACCCUCUCGGUGGUCACACGGGCCAACACGAUUAUGGAGAUGCUGCUGCUGAGAAACACCGCCGGGUGCUGUGUCUGCCUGUCCCUGAACGAGGCUCCUUUCUUGGUUGUUUAGGUCUGGCUAGAUUACAUCCCCUUACCCCAAACAAGCACCGCUGUCUCCUGAACAGGCACUGCCUCUGGGGCUCGGUAUCUUGACUUGUUUUGUUUUCUCCAGCCUUGAAGGCCCCUCCCGUAAGCACUGACAUCUGCUCGUGGUGCCUGGAUGCUCCCUGAAGCCUCGAAAUGCCCUCCCUGCUGCCCCCCGCCCCUCAGGACACAGCACUUCCUGUCUCCUAUCAGCCUUGCUUGAUCUCCCUCGAGGGUUAGUAAUUUGUAUGUGUCUCUGUGCCCCUCAUGAGAAUUAGGCAUUAUUUUCCUCUGAACAUAGAGAGAUCAUGUAUUAUCUCUUCUACAUAGUACUUGCUACCCAUUGUUGUUUGUGCGUGUAUGGUAUACAGCCUGAGGCCACUUAGUCCCCUCACUGAACAUGUGUGAGUUAAAACUUUUUAAAAAAUUUUUUUCUCAGAUAACAUGACUUCAGGGUUGUUAACCUGGCCAUCUCAUGCUGAUUAGAAGCUCUGAUUGGCAGCUUUGGAUUUCUUCAUUAAAAACCAAAUUAAACUGAUUUAGGCAUCUUUCAGUAAUAAAGCGGUUCUUGGUGAAAAGUUCAGGAACUGUCCUCCUUGGUGCUUAGUGAAAAGACUUUGAAUUAAUGUAUGUAUCAGUUAUUGCCAUUUUUUAUUAAAUUCAAAAAAUUUCUAGCACAUAAAUAAUUUUUCAAUCUU